AUGGCAUCUUGUCUGGCCCUGCACAUGACGCUGCUGCUCAUCUCUGGGGUCCUGGCCCCUGCGGUGCUCACAGCAGAGGGUCCCCAGGGGCCCGAUCCCACCCUGUGGAAUGAGCCCAUUGAAUUGCCCUCGGGUGAAGGUCCCCUGGAGAGCACCAGCCACAGCCAGGAAUUUGUAGUCUCCGGCCCUCCGUUCCCCACCUCUGCGCCAGGACCAGAGGACAGCACCCCGCCCGCAGGGUCGGACCAGGAUGGAGGCUCGCUUGGACCAGGCGCCAUUGCAGCCAUCGUGAUCGCCGCCCUGCUGGCCACCUGCGUGGUGCUGGCACUCGUGGUGGUCGCGCUGAGAAAGUUUUCCGCUUCUUGA